CUUCCAGGGGCUUCCAAGAGCUGACUUUCCUGGAAUUUACAGAACCUAAUUGGAGAAAAGGAAUUCUCCUUUGGAUACAGAAAAACUGCUUUGAAGAGGAGACUGCAGCUUUCUGAAUUGGCGUUAGUGCUCUUGCUGAAAGUGGUUUUACAAGCUGGUUUCUGGACCCUGUUUGCCAUCAAGGUGGAAGAAUCUGAGGCCUUUAUCCUCUGUCCAGCUUUGCAGUUCAGGUAGCCUCUGAUUUUGGACAUCUCAUCAUUUCCACCUGCCAACCUGUCUGAUAUGUCGGGACCCGUGCCGAGCAGGGCCAGAGUUUACACGGAUGUGAACACACACAGACCCCGGGAGUACUGGGACUAUGAGUCGCAUGUUGUUGAGUGGGGAAAUCAAGAUGACUACCAGCUAGUUCGAAAAUUAGGCCGAGGCAAAUACAGUGAAGUAUUUGAAGCCAUCAACAUUACAAAUAAUGAAAAAGUAGUUGUUAAAAUUCUCAAGCCUGUCAAAAAGAAGAAAAUCAAGCGUGAAAUCAAGAUCUUGGAGAACUUGCGAGGCGGUCCCAAUAUAAUCACUCUUGCAGAUAUAGUAAAAGAUCCUGUGUCUCGGACACCCGCUUUGGUUUUUGAACACGUAAACAACACAGACUUUAAGCAAUUAUACCAGACAUUAACAGAUUAUGAUAUUCGAUUCUACAUGUAUGAGAUUUUGAAGGCUCUAGAUUACUGCCAUAGCAUGGGAAUCAUGCACAGAGAUGUCAAACCUCACAACGUCAUGAUUGACCACGAGCACAGAAAGCUUAGACUAAUAGACUGGGGCUUGGCUGAAUUCUAUCACCCUGGCCAAGAGUACAAUGUCAGAGUGGCUUCCAGAUAUUUCAAAGGACCUGAACUCCUUGUAGAUUAUCAGAUGUAUGAUUACAGUCUGGAUAUGUGGAGCUUGGGUUGCAUGUUGGCUAGUAUGAUAUUCCGAAAGGAGCCAUUUUUCCAUGGCCAUGACAACUACGAUCAGCUGGUGAGGAUAGCCAAGGUGCUGGGAACAGAAGAUCUGUAUGACUACAUUGACAAAUACAACAUUGAAUUGGAUCCGCGUUUCAAUGACAUCUUGGGCAGACACUCCCGUAAGCGAUGGGAGCGCUUUGUUCACAGUGAGAACCAACACCUGGUGAGUCCAGAAGCUCUGGAUUUCUUAGACAAGCUGUUGCGAUAUGAUCACCAGUCACGACUCACAGCAAGAGAAGCCAUGGAACAUCCCUACUUCUAUCCCAUCGUGAAAGACCAAGCUCGGAUGGGCUCAUCCAACAUGCCGGGUGGCAGCACUCCUGUCAGCAGUGCGAGUAUGAUGUCAGGGAUUUCUUCAGUGCCAACACCUUCACCCCUUGGACCUCUAGCAGGCUCACCCGUCAUUUCUGCCACCACCACUCUGGGGAUGCCCGUUCCAGCUGCGGCAGGCGCUCAGCAGUAGUGAUGGGCUCUGUCUCCUGCUGCCUGAGCUGAGUCAGGAGGGGAAGAGGUUUCCCCCUCCACCUCUCCUCAGGAUGCAGCUCGUGCCUGGCAGGGGAAGGGAGGGGACGAACGCUUUGGAGGCACCGUGUCUGAACUGUUGCUUGUGGAUUUAUAGUAGUUCAGUCAUUAUAUACAAAAUUAUUAUAGGCUGAUUUUUCUUUUUUUACUUGAACUUUUCGUAACUCAGGGGAUUCCCUGAAAAUACCUACAGAUGGAAUAUUUCUCGGACAGUUCCCCCCUGCCCCCC